CAGGAUUUGAAGGAUAUGGCCUUGAGCGAUGAGCAAGAAUGGAAUACCACCUGGACCGCGGUCCGGGAAAGCGUGCAUUCGCGAAUUGACAGGGAGGAGAGGGAAGGGAGAGAAGUGAGAAAUUCGCCGAAAGAGCGCAGAAUAUGCUCGCUACUAAGCCGGAUUUCUCGUAGGAACAAUUCUGAUACGUUCGUGAGACUGCUGCAGAUCGCGCAAAGCUCAACGAUGUCGACGCCACAGUCACCCAGACGGAGUGUCUGCACGUAUGAGGCCAAAUGGGGCGAUCGUGAAAGCAAAGUCUUGAGGCGGCCCGGAAGAACAAGAGAGUUCGCGAUAAUAAUCUCCCGAAAUAUUAGCGCUUGGGAUCGAGGUCUCCGCGCCUUUGCGACUCGAGAGACGAUGGAUAGAAAGUGAUGAUCAACAUCAUCGAGAUGAAUGAUGUCUAUGGUGUGUUCGAUGAGUUCCUGAGGAAGGGUUUUAGCAGACAUGGCUAUACGAUAGCUUUAGUUCUCUACUUGGAGAGCUCAAUAAUGAUCAUGGAUCUUUGGGUGUAAAAGACACACAAGCCUUCUCGACGAGGAAUUGUCCUCCGAAUCCGCUAAGAUCAAUUGACGUGGUUUGUUUGAUCUAGGAUCACAGAAAAUCGUUCAUAAAAUCAGAGUACCAACCG